CAGUGUCCACAUACACCUCAGCCCCCGGUCAUCACGACUUCCCUCCUUGAUUCUGCUUGCGUACUGACAGAGUACCAAGAUCAAUUUCAUUUUCAUGAAGGCGUGGUACCCAGGAAGUCCAAAAAAGUAAGACAGGAAUACAAGCCAUCGGAAGCUGAGAUGGGCACCUCUACAACCUUCAGGUCUGACUACGUUCCACACACAGUGAUACAGAGACCCAAGCCCAAGGCCUCCAGUACGUACAUCACACCAACAGAGACCAUGCAACUGACCACCACAUACAUGAGGGACUUCAAGCCAUUCUCUGUCAACAAGAACAUUGUUGCCAAUAGAACUACAAAACACGAAGUCCCAACGGUUAAAAUGGACACCCAGACGCUGUAUAAAGAGGAUUACCAGUGUUGGGAUGCAGUUCGACCAGAGGCCAUCCGAACCAGUGACAACCUGAAGGUGAGCGAGGAUAAGUUCAGCGGGACCACAACAUUCCAGGACCAUUACUGCCCCAAACCUACAGCUGAGGUUCGAGAGAGUUUCAAGCCGACCCCUGAAAUCCAGGAGUCCCAACCGUUCGAGGGCAUUUCCAACUACAAACAGAUGUAUGUGCCACAUCAGACCCACCAGAGACUGCCCAAAACCAAAGUCCCUUACAAGCCCAACAGCGUGCCCUUCUGUGGGGUUAGCAUACACAGACAAGACUUUAAGGGAUUAAGAGGAGAGGUGGCCAAGUCCUUUAAAACCAUAUCCACUUAUGAGGCCAGCACCAUCCCCUUCAAAGGUUGCUCGGAGACUAAGGACAAGUACAAGGCAUGGCCUGUGCAGCGGUCUUUCCAGCGGAAAACCGCAACGCACUGUCCUCCGGAGGGUGACAUAGAGUCAAUCUCCAUUGCCCACAAGGAUUUUGGAGGGCAGAUGGGCGAGCCGGCAGAGUUGGCUCGUCCACCCAUCAAGGCCUGGUGCCAAGGGAAGCCCUUCAAGGCUCGCUCCACCAUGAAGGAGGACUACCGUGCCUGGGAGGCUAAGAAGCGCAGUCAGGUGGUCCGUAGGGAGCAGAUCAGCCCUCCCUCAGGGGCUUUCGAGACCACCACCACUAACCGGUCUGAGUACACCAAGAAGAGUGUCCCCCAGGCCAUCAGCUUCAAGCCAAUACCGAAGGCAAUGAGCCAGAUGAAGCUGGAUGACAACACUGUCUACAACACCUCCUACGUGACCCGGGAGUUCCAGCCCUGCCCCGCCAGCUUCAUCGACCCACCUGGCUUCCAUUACAAGUCGAAGGGGAGCGGAGGACACCUGCUCUACCAAGCCGAGGAGAUGGGGCCAAUCUGUCCAGCUUCAGCCACUGCUUCCAUCGCGAGUGCCCAGCCCAGUCACAUUGCUAAAUCCAGGCCAGUCACAUCGGCUGUUCGCAAAUGGGUUGGUUGAUGCUGGGUUGGUUAGCCCCCUUUCAUAUAUUAUAUGUAAUCUCAGGACUGU